AUGUCUCAGGUGUACACAACAAUGUCUGUGGUGCCACAGUUGAACACGGCACUGCUUUUGAUGCCACAGGUGUACCGGACACUGAUUAUUGUGCAAAAGGUGUACACGACACUGUUUAUGGUGCCAAAGGUGCACACUACACUCCGUAUGGUGCCACAGGUGUACAUGGCACUGCUUUUGGUGCCACAGGAGUACUCAACAAUGCUUAUGGUGACAGGUUCACACGGCACUGCUUAUAGUGCCACAGAUAUGAAUGACACUGCAUAUGGUGCCACAGAUAUACUUGCCACUGAUAAUGGUGCCACAUGUGUACUCGUCACUGCUCUUGGUGCCACAGGUGUACUCGUCACUGCUCUUGGUGCCACAGGUGUACAUGACACUGAUUAUGGUGUCAUUGGUGUUCACUUCACUGCCUAUGGUGCCGCAGGUGCAGACGAAACUGCUUAUUGUGCCACAGAUGUACAUCAGGACACUGAUUAUGUUGCCACAGGUGUUCACGACACUGCUCAUAGUGCCACAGGUGUACACGACACUGCUUAUGGGACCACAGGUGUACACUACACUGCUUAUGGUGCCACAGGUGUUCACGACACUGCUCAUAGUGCCACAGGUGUACACUACACUGCUUAUGGUGCCACAGGUGUUCACGACACUGCUCAUAGUGCCACAGGUGUACACUACACUGCUUAUGGUGCCACAGGUGUUCACGACACUGCUCAUAGUGCCACAGGUGUUCACGACACUGCUUAUGGUGCCACAGGUGUUCACGACACUGCUUAUAAUGCCACAGGUGUACACGACACUGCUUAUGGUGCCACAGGUGUACACGACACUGAUUAUGGUGCCACAGGUGUUCACGACACUGCUUAUAAUGCCACAGGUGUACACGACACUGCUUAUGGUGCCACAGGUGUACACGACACUGAUUAUGGUGCCACAGGUGUUCACGACACUGAUUAUGGUACCACAGGUGUACACGACACUGAUUAUGGUGCCACAUGUGUACACGACACUGCUUAUAGUGCCACAGGUGUUCACGACACUGCUUAUGGUGCCACAGGUGUUCACGACACUGCUUAUGGUGCCACAGGUGUACACGACACUGAUUAUGGUGCCACAGGUGUACACGGCACUGCGUAUGGUGUCAAAGGUGUAUACGGCACUGCGUAUGGUGCCACAUGUUUAUACGACAUUGCUUAUGGUGUCACAGGGGUGGAUGGCUGGGGAUUUAGAAAUUAUUAA